ACGGUUUCGUUUUGACCGAAAACGCUUCAGCUCCGGACGGGUAACGAAAGGACAGAGCGAUGAGCUGCGUCUAUUAUAACAUUUAAUUCUGCUGAAAGGUCUGAAGCAUCACCUUCCCAUUGGAAAAUCAGCUUUCGCCGAAUUAAACAGAAACGGCCAGGUUGGCCACCAAUGGCAAAGGGAGGUACACACCACUGUCCGUAACAACGGGUUUAGGGCGACGUGGUGCCGAUCACGGAUGUAUCGCAAGGUGCAUGCCCUGUAAAUGCCAUCACACACAGCGUGCGGUCCGGCAAGCGGUCAGCUCUGCCCCCUCCGGCACGUUCGGGUUGCUGGGGUGACGCUUUUGUUUACCCACAGUCACGUGUUUAAAUGUGCUCGUUGUUACGUUUGCCAUAUGUGAGAGUCAGGACCAUGAGCUCUCCGCUGCAUCUGCUGGCUAAAAGCAGGAGAGUUCCUCUCCCUGACGUCCAGGGCAACUGGAACAGAGAACUGCCUUCGAGAGACAACCACGCACGGGUCCGUCAGCCGGCCCCCAGGGUCACUGGGCUGUCCACAUCGCAGUCAAGGGCCACACAGAACGUGAGCGGCAGCAAUGGCUCUGGGCUCGGUGACUUGGCACUGAUGUCCACCAUGAUGCAGAAACUGGGCCAGCUGGAGCACAAGCUUCGCAGCCAGGCCAUGGAGAUCCAGCACAAGGAGAAAAAGAUCUCUGUCCUGGAGGAGAAGCUGAAACUCCUGCAAAGCCCAAAAGAGGAAGCCAGCGAGCCCAAUCGAGUGCAGGACCUGGAGAGAACGUGUCUGAGCCUUCAGGAGCAAGUGUGGGAGAUGGAGCGCUUCCUGAAUGACUAUGGCAUGAUUUGGGUGGGCAGCAGACAGGAGAGAGAGCUGGAGAGCAGAGAGGAGGACCGAGGAGACUGCCAGGCAGGGCUCUGUGCUGCCACCAUCUGGCGGCCUGCAGGCACCACUGUGACCAGGAACUUCUGUGUGAACUUUGACCUGGUCCUCCAGAGCAUCCGAGACCUGAACAUCCUGGCCGGGGAGGGGGAGUGUCGUGUGGAGAUCACUACGGGGGGGGGGCAUCUUACGCGAAAAGCCCUUGUACCCUCGGUCCCCCUCACUCUCUACAAAAACGGUAUUCUGGUGUUUGAAGGCCCCUUCCGUUCCUUCCAGGAACCCAGCACACAGCAAAUCAUCAUGGACCUGAUGGAUGGGUAUUUCCCGUCUGAGAUGCAGGAGAGGUUUCCAGAUGGAGUCACCUUUCAGGUGACAGACAGGCGGGAGGUGGUCUUCAAAGAGAAGCCCAAGUGGACGGGGUUCCCGGGGACGGGGUACUCUGUGGGCGGGGCUACAGCAGCCACUGGUGGCAGCAUUGGUCAAGAGCCAGAGAGAGCCAAGCUGCACACGCUGUGUCACAUGGCAGGUGGUCCACCAGCAGACGGAAGCGGGCAGACAGAGCGGUUUCUCAGAAGGCUGCCGAGGAAGGUGGUGAGGGCGGGCAAAGUGAUAGACAUCCGGGACACUGUCCGGUCCGGCCUGCAGGCCUCGUUGGUCCGCCCUGAGGUGACCGUCAUAGACACAGCCACUCUGCAGGCUUCGGAAAUCCGGUCAGUCCCCCCCGGCGAUGUCACGUCCCUGCGUGUCCGCUCCGAGGACGGAGAGCAUACCUUUCUCCUCAAGAUGCUGUGCUCUGACACUAUUGGCCAGCUGCGUUGCUACUUGGACACGCACAGAGGGCUACGCUGCACAUCAUAUGACAUCAUAAGUGCCUUCCCACUGCGUCGCCAUGACAACAACGACCAAACACUCCUCAGCUGUGGUCUAACCCCCAACGCCGUGCUGCUGCUGAGGGCCCAGACGCAGCCACAGUGACGCCCAGUCCCUCCGCUGUCAGGAAAUGUCUCACGGCAAAUUUAGUUUUAAUGGCGAUGUCGCCUUUUAAAAAGGAAAUUUUUACUUUUUAAAUUACACCACGCAUUUCUGUUUUUGAGUGCCGGAAACAUUGCUGUCAGUCUGCAUUUGUUCAGGGUUUUCGUCGCUACACGCUGUUAUUCUGCUACAAAUGAUGAAUAAUAAAUGGUUUUUAAAUCUGA